GCAGCCGUUAUUCUCUCUACCUCUGCUUACCUCCGAGUCCCUAGUCCACCGCCACCGGCGUCUCCCGUGACCGUCCUUACCUGCCGCCGGGACGGCUAUGAAGCUUUAAAUUCUUCCUAAUUUAACUAUUAAGAAAUCAGUAUGAAUUUCAAAUUAGACUGAGCUCUAAAGCAAUUUUUUUUUCUACUGAUCGUCCCGCCAAAACUAUAACUGAGUUCUGAUGAACUUGUCAUACCGUAAUUGCACUUCUGCGGCGGCGUUCGACCAGGUUCUGAGUCUUCUCCGUUAUAUUAAGCUCUCAAUCGUCAAAAAGUCACUGAAACUCAAUCAAAAAUCCCAUGCUCGAGUUCUCAUUCUUGGGCUCUCACAAAACCCUUUUCUCGCCACAAAGCUAAUGUCUGCGUACUCCGCUUUUGGCAACUUAAUCGAUUCACAGCUCGUUUUUCAGAUGUCUAAGCACAAGAAUGUAUAUUUAUGGAAUACUUUGAUUAAUGGGUAUGUGAGAAAUAGUGAAUAUACUGAGGCUUUUGAGUAUUUUAAAGAAAUGUGUCACGGUGAUUUGUUUCCGGAUGAUUAUACACUUGCAACUAUGGCGAAAGUUUCCGGCGAGAUGGGAAACUUGGUCGCUGGGAAGUUGGUUCAUGGGAGGAGCGUAAGAGUUGGGUUUGUUUUUGAUAUUGUUGUUUCGAAUUCCUUAAUGUCGAUGUAUAGUAAGUGUUUAAAUUUUGGUGAUUGUCGGAAGGUGUUCGAUGAAAUGCCUCUAAGAAAUGUCGGUUCUUGGAGUGUGCUUUUAGCAGGGUAUGUUGGUUGUGGGAAGCAGAGUUUCGAUCAAGAAUUGUUGGAACUUAUUAAAUGUAUGCAGAUUGAUGGGCUGAAGCCUGACGGGUUUACCGUUUCUAGUAUUUUGCCUUUGUGUGGUGUUGAUUCCAGGAAAUGGCCAGAUUAUGGUGGGGAGCUUCAUUGCUAUAUUGUAAGGAAUGGACUCUACUCUGAAUUGGGCUCUGAUGUUCAUCUUGGAUGCUGUUUAAUUGAUAUGUAUUUGAAGAGUGGUAGAAUUGUCGAGGGUAGACGAGUUUUUAACCAAAUGAACUGUAGAAAUGUAUAUACUUGGACUGCAAUUAUCAAUGGUUACACAAAGAAUGGAGCUUCAGAUGAAGCUUUAAAUCUUUUCCAUGAGAUGCAAGUAAAAGAUGGAAUAGAACCUAAUAGAGUAUCACUUCUAAGUGUUCUCCCUGCUUGUAACUCUCAUGCUUGUUUAAGAGGUGGCAAACAAAUUCAUGGAUUUGCAAUCAGGAAACUACUGAAUCAUGAUGUAUCUUUAUGCAAUGCUUUGAUCGAUAUGUAUUCGAAGUGUGGGAGCUUGGAUCUUGCAAGACGAGUUUUCGAGGAUGAAUCCUUCUGUAAAGAUGCAAUCUCUUGGACUUCAAUGAUUUCUGGAUACGGAUUGCAUGGAAGGGGCAAGGAAGCUCUGUCAUUGUAUGAUAAAAUGGUUCUUCAAGGGAUCAGACUAGAUACAAUAACAGUUGUGGGGAUACUUUCAGCUUGUGGCCGAUCAGGUUUGAUAGAUGAAGGCCUUAAAAUCUAUGACUCGGUGGUUAAUGAACAUGGAAUUAAACCAACAGUUGAGAUCUGUGCUUGUGUUGUAGACAUGCUAGGCCGAUCGGGCCAGCUUGAUCGUGCAUUAGACUUCAUCCGAGGAAUGACUGUACAACCUGGACCAAGUGUUUGGGGGGCUCUUGUUGCUGCUUCUGUUUUACAUGGAAACUCUAAGAUGCAAGAGCUAGCUUAUAGAUUUCUUAUUGAACUAGAACCCAAGAAUCCCUCAAAUUUUAUUUCGCUAUCGAAUUUGUAUGCUUCUUCAAAACAAUGGGAUGUUGUAGCUGAAGUAAGAACAAAGAUGAAAGAAAGAGGCAUGAGGAAGGAACCUGGGUGUAGUUGGAUUAGCAUUAAUAGCACCACUCAUUGUUUCUACGUUGCUGAUAAAGUUCAUCCCUGUUCACACUUAAUCUAUGAGAUGCUUGAGAACCUUAUAUUUGUAAUAAAGGGAGCAAAUCACUCUUCUGAUAAUGAAAUUCAAACAUAGAUUUUGGCCAUAUAUAAGUAAAGUGAUGAUGAUUUUGGAUCUUGGGAUAAUUGCUACGCAACAUAUGUUGCCAUCCUGAGAUUACAAUUACUGGUUUAAUGGCUGUGCUUGAAUAUGUAUCAUUUUGCAUCAGAUGAUUUUGCAAGUAUUUGGAGAAC